AUGUUGGACACGGCGCUCGCUGCCCCCUGCACCAGGAAGCUGAAGGCGGCGGUGAGCGGCUCCAAGGCCUGCGAGGCCGCAGGGCCCAGCAUCACCGAGCUGCUCAUCAGGGCCGUGUCCGCCCCCAAGGAGCGCAAGGAGCUCUCCCUGGAUGUCAGGAAGGCGCUGGCUGCCGGUGGCUGUGACGAGGAGGAGAACAAGAGCCACAUCAAGCUGGGGCCCAAGAGCCUUUCCAGCAAUGGAGCCCUGGUGCAGACCAAGGGCACUGGGGCCUCUGGCUCUUUCAAGCUGAACAAGAAGACGGGUGAGACAAAAGAAAAGGCAACAAAGAAAAAGACAGCUGCCAAACCCAAGAACCCAGCAGCCAAGAAGCUCACAGACCCUGCCAAGAAGCCCAAGAAAGUGGUGAUGGUGAAGAAGAGCCGCAAGAAGGCCAAGAUGGUGAAGACGAGCCCCAAGAAGGCAAAGAAGCCAGCAGCCACAGCAGCUAAGAAAGCAGCCAAGAGUCUCAAGGGAGCCACACGGGCAGGCCACGCCAAGGAGGCAGUGAAGAGCCCAGCUAAGGCGAAAGCAGUGAAGCCCAAAGCAGCCAAGCCUAAGGCAGUCAAACCCAAAGCGGCCAAGGUAAAGAAGGCAGUGCCAAAAAAGAAGUAA